GAGGAGGAGAGGAGGAGAGGAAGAGAGAGGAGGGAGUGUAGGGACAGACAGAAGGAGACAAAGAGCCAGAAUAAAGGCAGCAGAGGAGACACCAGACAACAGCAGGCAGAGGCUGACGACAUCCCACCAGAAAAAUGUCCAAUUUUGCUGGCAACUGGAAAAUGAAGAACAGCGAGAAUUUCGACGAGUUGCUCAGGGCACUGGGAGUGAACUCAGUGCUGAGGACGAUAGCGGGGGCGGCAGCAUCAAGGCCCAAUGUGGAGAUCAGGCAGGACGGCGAACACUUCCACAUCAAAACCUCCACCACAGUCCGCACCAUGGAGAUUGACUUCCUCAUCGGUGAGGAGUUUGAGGAGGAGACAGUGGACCGCAGAAAGUGUAAGAGCUUGGCCACGUGGGAAACGGAGAACAAGAUUUACUGCAAACAGACUCUACUGAGCGGGAGCGGACCAAAGACCUUCUGGAGCCGAGAACUCCGAGGAGAUGAACUCAUUCUGAUUAUUGGAGCUGACGAUGUGGUGUGCACAAGGACCUACAUACGUGCAUAGCACGCCUGUGUCCAACACGUAACACGUCAUUCCAUGUCUCUAGUGGGAGUGUGAAAAAAACUACACAUACAAAUCUCAAAUAAUUAGUUCUGACAUUCAGCAUUAUGCACCUUCAUUAAAUGUCAGCUGGA